CGCCGCGCAGAGCUGUGAAGCGGUCGUAAUUGAAAACUUGCUGUUAAAGAACAAAAAACAAACUUUACAGUCGAGCUUAAAGCUUAAGGCGUGAGUCGAGGUCGAGCUUUAAAGCCCAUCAUUUAACAUGAGUGUCAACGGCGGCCCGCGCGGUGGCAAAUUGCGCUGCACACGCAAGCGAACAUUGGCCAUGAUCGGCGGUGUUUUAAUUUUGAUAAUCGCCCUGACUGUCGGCCUUUGUGUGGGUCUCAGCGGGGACGGGAACGGCGUCAGCGAGCAACAGGACGUGCCCGUCUUUAGCAUUGAUCACCAGGCAAAUACAUUUCUAUUAAAUGGACAACCAUUUCGUUAUGUCUCCGGAUCGUUUCACUAUUUUCGAGCUCUGCCCGAUGCUUGGCGAAAUCGUUUGCGCACCAUGCGAGCGGCUGGUCUCAAUGCAUUGGAUACUUACGUUGAGUGGUCCCUGCACAAUCCACACGAUGGCGUAUACAACUGGGAGGGCAUAGCCGAUGUGGUUAAGUUUCUGGAAAUAGCCCAAGAGGAGGACUUCUAUAUUAUACUACGACCCGGACCCUACAUCUGCGCCGAGCGAGAUAAUGGUGGCCUGCCCCACUGGCUGUUUACCAAAUAUCCGGACAUCAAAGUGCGCACAAACGAUCCCAACUAUAUAGCGGAGGUGGGCAAAUGGUAUGAGCAGCUAAUGCCACGUCUGAAGCAUUUGUUCAUCGGCAACGGCGGCAAGAUCAUUAUGGUACAGGUUGAGAAUGAAUACGGCGCGUUCAACGCCUGCGAUCAUGACUAUUUGAACUGGUUGCGCGAUGAGACCGAUAAAUAUGUGGAAAACAAAGCGCUUAUGUUCACCGUGGAUAUACCCAAUGAACGGAUGCACUGCGGCAAAAUAGACAAUGUAUUCGCUACCACAGACUUUGGCAUCGACCGCGUUUACGAGAUCGAUAAUAUUUGGAAAUUGCUGCGCGGUGUACAGCCCACAGGACCGCUGGUCAACUCGGAGUUCUAUCCUGGCUGGCUGACCCAUUGGCAAGAGACGAAUCAGCGACGCGACGGUCAGGUGGUGGCCAACGCCUUGAAGACCAUACUCAGCUACAAUGCCAGCGUUAAUCUGUACAUGUUCUUUGGCGGCACCAAUUUUGGUUUUACGGCCGGCGCCAAUUAUGAUCUGGAUGGCAGCGUUGGCUAUACGGCGGAUAUAACCAGCUAUGACUACGACGCCGUGAUGGACGAGGCGGGCGGUGUGACCCAGAAAUAUGAGCUGGUCAAGCAGGUGAUAGGCGAAGUGCUUGAACUGCCCGACAUUAAUCUGAAUCCCGCCAAGCGUUUGGCCUAUGGCAAAGUGGAGCUGACGCCCGCUUUGGAGCUGCUUUCGGCGGAGGGACGUGCCGCCCUCUCCAAGGGCACACCGGUGACAUCUGAUAAGCCCAAAUCAUUUGAGGAACUGGAUCAGUAUUCAGGCCUGCUGCUCUACGAGACAACGCUGCCCAGCUUCGAUCUGGAUCCAACACUGCUGCAGGUGGACGACCUGCGCGAUCGGGCUCAUGUAUUUGUGGACCAGCAGCUGGUGGGCACGCUGUCGAGGGAGGCGCGCAUCUAUGCGCUGCCACUAAGCAAAGGCUGGGGCAGCACACUGCAGCUGCUCGUCGAGAACCAGGGACGCGUCAAUUAUGAUCGCGCCAAUGAUACCAAAGGCAUAUUUGGGCAGGUAACGCUGCAGCUGCACAAUGGCGGUGCUCUGCCGCUGGACAACUGGACAACCACGGGCUAUCCGCUGGAGGCGUACACCGUAGAGGCAUGGCGCCAGAGGCAAACAGAGAUGAACACUGCCCUGGCGCCGUCCAUUGCCCAGCAGCGUUUGCUGCGCUCUGGACCCAUUCUGUAUACGGGCAGCUUUCAGGUGACCGAGGUGGGCGACACCUAUCUGAAUGUCGCCGGCUGGGGCAAGGGUGUGGCCUAUGUGAAUGGCUUCAAUUUGGGACGCUACUGGCCACUGGCCGGGCCACAAAUAACACUCUAUGUGCCCAACGAGCUGCUCAAAGUGGGCCAAAACUCAUUGGUGCUGCUCGAGUAUCAACGUUGCAAUAAAACCCUCAACGGUGCGGAGCUGCCGGCCGUGCAGUUCGAUGCAGUUGCUCAGCUAGACGGUCAGUCCGGUGAGGCGCAAAAGUAGAAUCCAGGCGUUGUUUUUUUUUUAUUAUAAUUUACAAGCGUUUCUUUAUUCGUAUUAUUAGAAGCAGUUAUUGAUUGACCACAACAACCUUGUCAAGCUAUAAUAUUUGCUAAUCUUAGCUGUUAUUAUUACAAUAAACAUUGCUUAAUUAA